AUGGGGAGGUCUCCUUCUGUUGAGAAUGGCCUCAAGAAAGGUCCUUGGACUCCUGAAGAAGAUCAGAAGCUUGUUCAACACAUCCAAAAACAUGGUCAUGGAAGUUGGAGAGCCCUACCUAAGCUUGCAGGUCUGAACAGGUGUGGCAAGAGUUGUAGGCUAAGAUGGACAAACUAUCUGAGGCCAGACAUCAAAAGAGGGAAAUUCUCUCAAGAGGAAGAGCAAACAAUUCUGCAUCUCCAUUCCAUUCUUGGAAACAAAUGGUCAGCAAUUGCUUCACACCUACCGGGCCGGACGGACAAUGAAAUCAAGAAUUUCUGGAACACCCAUUUGAAGAAGAAGCUGAUUCAGAUGGGUUUUGAUCCAAUGACUCACAGGCCAAGAACUGACCUCUUCUCCACCUUGCCUCAUCUCCUUGCUCUUGCUAACCUCAUUGAUCACAAUCCACUGGAAGAACAUGCUGCAAAGUUACAAGCAGAAGCUAUUCAAUUGGCCAAGCUUCAGUACUUACAAUAUCUUCUUCACUCCACAGCUCCAGUAAAUCCCAGUCCAAACAGCCACUUUGGCAUUUUAGAGAGAGACUCACUCAAUUUACUGAAUUUGAUUCCUUCCAUCAAAGAAAAUCCAGUUUCAAAUUCCUCUCUAAUGGAGAAUCAAACACAAUUUUCCAUUGAAAAUGGCAUUUCUCAACUACUCCACCAGCCCAUCAACUCUUCUCCAUUGCCAGACCCACAGGUCCCUUUCAAUUUCCAAACACCUUUGAAUACUGAAAUGGGCCAAGGUUCUAAUAACUUCACAAUGGUCAGCCAAGAAGAUAACCCACCUAACUCUCCAUGGAUUAUUUCUUCUGGGUCUUCUUCUACUCUGCCACCUCUGAUAGAGAGUUCAACAAGCAAUCCAGGAGAUGAGAACAGCCCUUCUAGCUAUGGCGGAUCAGCUUCUUCCUGGUGGCCUGAACUACUAUUUGAAGAACCUAUUAUGCAUGAGAUACCUUAG